AUGAGAGACAGUGGGGAUGAGGAAGAGAAGCCUGGCUUCUUCCCUUUACAGGAGGUGCCGACGGCUCCUGGAGUGAUCGGCUUCGUACACGCACCAAUUGAUACCAGAGACGUGAGAGUGUUCAAGAAAGAGAUUGGAAAAUUAAUGGAUGAUCCUUUGGGGGUGGUGGAAAGGCUAGAUGAAUUUCUAGGGACCAGCACCUAUUACAGCGUCCUGAGUGGGUCGCUGGGGUGUCUCUCUCUCCCCAUACCCACGGCCCGCCCCCGGCACCGGACGGGGCUGCCCCGUGCCCGGCCCCAGGUGUCCCGCCGCGGUCUCACCUCCGCCCGGCUCUGGCCGUGCUGGCGGUGGCGCUGCUGGGCGGGCAUCAGUGCCCGGGGCUGGGGCGGCAUCGCCUCCCUUUGGCUCCGCCCGGCCCGAGCCCUGCCCCUGCCCCAGCUCCGGUCCCGGCCCCGGCUCCUCCCGGUCGCGGAAGACACACGCGGCGCCGCCGCUCCCGCCGCCUCCGCUGCGGCUUCCCCGGCCCGAGCUCUGCCGCUCGGCAGCGCGGCCGCCGGCCCCGAGCCGCCGCUGUCCUGUUCCCGUGAGCGAACGCCUGGGCAUGGCCGGCCCGGGGCGGGUCAGGGGCGCUCGGGGGCCGUUGCUGGCCCCGGGCCGGGCGCUGACAGCCGCGUCCCGCCAGCAGGGAAGGCGCAGCAGGGACUGAAGGAGCAGGACAGGCUGGGCUCGCUGCUGGGGCGCGGCGGCUUCGGCAGCGUCUUCGCGGCCACGCGGCUCUCGGACGGCGCCCCGGUUGCCAUGAAAAGGGUGCCACGGAAGCGUGUCCGGCACUGGGGCGAGCUGCCCGACGGCACCAGCGCAGCCCUGGAGAUGGUGCUGCUGGCCAAGGUGUCCACUGGCUUCCCUGGUGUGGUCCAGCUGCGGGAGUGGCUUGAGCUCCCCAAGGACAUCUUGAUGGUGCUGGAGCGCCCGGAGCGCUCUCAGGACCUGCAGCAUUUCAUUGGGGCAUGGGGGCUCCUGCCGGAGGAGGUGGCGCAGGAGCUGUUCCGCCAGGUGCUGGAGGCCGUGUGGCACUGCACCAGCUGCAGGGUCCUGCAACGCGACAUCAAACCAGGGAACAUCCUGAUUGACCUGGACACCGGGCAGGCCAAAUUGAUUGACUUUGGCUGUGGCACCUACCUGCAAGAGACAGCCUACACUCACUUUGCAGGAACACGGUCAUACAGCCCCCCAGAAUGGACCCACUUUGGCUGGUACUAUGGCAAACCAGCUAACAUCUGGUCCCGGUGCAUCCUGCUGCACCAGAUGCUCUGCACGGAGCACCCUUUCAGCAGGGGCCAGAACAUCAGCUGGGACCAUCAGCUCUCGCUGCCACAAGGGCUCUCUCAAGAGUGCCAAGAUCUGAUCAGGCGGUGUUUAUCCAUGCUGGAUUUGGAAAGGCCCUCAUUAGAAGAGCUGCUCUGUCAUCCUUGGAUGCAGGAUAUUCAUCUGCCCUAG